CUGAUCCCGAGAAGGUUCAGUCCAUACGGCCAAGCAACAGAAACCGGACGUGUCGCAUCCUCAACGAGACACUGCCAUGACUCCCUCACAGAACUCUCAAACGAUACAGCAGGAAAACUUGAAGUCCUUCGUGGCCAAGGUGAAAACCUACGACGACCUCCUCGAGUGCAUGGAGCCCGCGCUCAGCUACCAGUUCAUGUUCGAGAGGAAGACGUCGCCGUGGGAGAUGUUCGAGUGGGAUCAGAACGAGCUUCAGAACUUCAAAGUGGAGGCGGAGAAAAUCGAUAGAGUCUACUACGUCCACUGCACCGAAGACGAGCUCGGCAGCGAUUUCUACGUCCUCUGCCGGAUGAAGUACGCAAACAAGCACGUUUUUGUGGAAUUCGCCGCGGGUUGUGACUACACCGGGUUCGAUUGUCAAGGCGGCGGUGAAAUCUACAUUACUUUCAACGCCACUAACUUCUUCAACGAGGCCCUACAAAACCUACACGACACAGACGAUACAAACGUCCUACUUCAUGCCCUGCAGGAGGACGGCUAUCACGUCGACGCUCACCAGGAGAGCAGAAAGGAGAGAAUUGAUUCCUGGAACAACCCGCUAACAAUGAACUUCUUGUGCCACGAGACGAUCAAGGAUUGCCGGGGCUCCUGCACCUGCUGCCCUGACGUACUGCUCAAGCCACUCAUCAACGGCAUCGACCAGUUAAUCGGGGCUGACGCUGCCACGGAUAAUAUACUAAUCCCUGUUUUAGACAAAUUGAUAAGUCUAGAGGAAUGAAAUCGAAAAGCUUUUACUGUAUAGUCUUCUGUGAUUUUGUGUCAGGUAUUUAUUGAAUGUGUAGAAAGUGCCAAACGUGAUUUCAGUUAUUCCUACUUUUAUUACGAGGGAAAAUACUAGUCGUAUCAUUCUAGUCGACUGGGGCUUCUAUUAAAAUGGUUGUGGAUUA